UUCUAUUUAUACCCUUGAAGCUCCUAACCUCACUCCCUUUUCCCAUUUUCUCUAUUAUCACACCACUGUUUAAGUUUUCUCUCUUCUCCGGCGAGCGAUGGCAACGACAGAAUCGGAUCUUGAUGAGUUUUUGAAUCUCGAUUAUGAGUUUCGGUAUCCAAGUCUUGCCGAUACGGAGGCUUUCAUGACCGGAGUUUGCUCCGCCGCUUUCCAAACUCUUCUUCUACCGGAUGUUGUGAGUUCAUUUUCAACUUGUGGUGGACUAACAAACUCCCAAAACUUUACUCCCAAACACUCCACCAUCACUGCUUCUCAGUCAUCUAUUUAUGGCACUGUUGGAAGCCCAGUUUCAGCUAAUAAACCAAACAGCAGAGAGAAUCAUAUCAAAGGGACAGCAAGUGGUUCAUCGGAUCCAUCCGAUGAAGAUAAUGAAUCAGGUCCUUGUGAACAAAUUACAAAUCCAGUUGAUAUGAAACGCCAAAGAAGGAAGGAUUCUAAUUGCGAGUCAGCCAGGAGGUCAAGGUGGAGAAAACAAGCGCAUUUGUCUGAACUUGAGGCUCAGGUUGAAAAACUGAAACUGGAAAAUGCAACACUAUAUAAACAGUUUACUGAUACCAGUCAACAAUUUCAUGAGGCUGAUACAAAUAACCGAGUGCUAAAAUCAGAUGUUGAAGCUUUGAGAGCUAAGGUGAAGUUAGCUGAGGAUAUGGUCACUAGAAGCUCUUUCACCACAUCACUAAAUAAUCAAUUUCUUCAUAAUCAAUGUCAAAUGAGCACACCACCACAACUCAACAUUCGCCGCAUGCCACAUGUUUCGCCAACCAUCAACUUCCAGCAGGGAAAUAGUGCCUCAUACGGUGGUGUUGCGGUUGGCGUGCACAAUUCAAAUCUUGCUGGGUUUGGAAACUUGGACAUGACUUACAAUGAUGUCGUCGACAAUGGGGUCCUAAGCAAUGCUAUGAGUUGUGUGACUAUUUGGCCUUAAGGGUUUCACUUGAUCAAAUUUUAUAUUAUGUCAUGUUUAUUUCAUUAGUAUAUUAAGUUAUUGUGUUACUUUGGUUUCUCUUUAAUUAUUAUGCCCGUCAAUAUAGUGUGUUCUCAUGUUUAUUUUAUUUUGUAUAUUUCUUAUAGUAAUUUAUUGUGAGAAAAUUAACCUCUCACUUUUUCAUAUCACUCAA